GGGAGGGAAGAAGGACGUUGAGAAAGAUGGUGUUGAGCGUUUUACUUAAGACCUUUACGACCAACAGAUCGUUGGUGGUUUUUGAAUUCUGAUUCCCGUCCCUACUGAAACUGUGCGACGCUGGCUUCGUUCAAUUCACUCGUUUUACACCAUUUCCUUGUCUGUCGAUCGAUCCUAUCCCCGUCCCAUCACCGCACCGAAAUGACAUGGCCGAAAUCAAUACCAAAAGCGGCGCCGUCGCAAUCGUGAUCUGCGUCUUCAUCAGCAUCGCAUUCUACAACGUCCUCGAGUUAAAUGCCUACAUCUUCGGCAGCUUCAAGAAGCGCAGCGGGCUUUACUUCUGGAGUUUAGUUAUCGCGACUUGGGGCAUUGCCUUCAAUGGAACGGGUUACCUCAUCAUGCACCUGUCGCUGUCGGCGCAGCGGUAUCUUUAUUCGACGCUUAUACUUAUUGGAUGGUGUACUAUGAUUACGGGACAGUCUGUUGUUUUGUACUCGAGGUUGCAUAUUGUUAUGCAUAAUCAGAAGAGGUUGAGGAUGGUUUUGUAUAUGAUCAUCUUCAAUGCGAUCUGGUUGCAUCUUCCUGUUAUUAUCCUUGUUUAUGGCGUCGGAUCGCCGAACCCGAAGCCUUUCCAGAAACCCUACGAGGUCUUUGAGAAGAUCCAACUCAGUGUCUUUUUCGUUCAAGAGCUCAUCAUCUCGGGCUUGUACGUAUGGGAGACGAGCAAACGCCUCAGACUAGAAAAGAGCGUCGGCAACACCAAGACGCGCAUGGUACUGAACCAUCUCCUCAUCGUCAACGUCCUCGUCAUUCUCCUCGAUGUGUCCAUCCUCGCCCUCGAAUUCGCGAAUCUCUUCGACAUCCAGACCGCCUGGAAGCCACUCGUAUACAGCGUCAAGCUCAAACUCGAGUUCAGCAUCCUCAACCGUCUCGUCGAACUUACACGCGGAAGAAACGAAAGCUCUUAUGGUCGCAGUCACAAUGCUACUCAUCACGAUGAUGUUGGUUUGGAGACUUUGAAUCGCGACCGGCGGAAACAUACUGGGCCCCAGGGAACAAUUACUGGAGAGUAUGAGGUUCGUGUUGGGAAGGGAGAAGGGAGUCAUCGUGCCUUUGGCAAUGAGUCGAGUCUGGUAAAGACCACCGAGAUAUCAGUCCAUAGCGAAAGGUAUCCGGGUCAUGGUGAUCAUGAUAGAGGUAGUUUAGAAGGUGAAGGAUCAGGUGGUUUGCAGCAUGUACCGAGAGGAAGUGCAUCGUCGGCGUCUUCUGAAGUACAGUUUGCCAAAUAUGGCAACUAAGGUGUAAUAAUACUACAACGUUUGUCAUCU